AUGCGGUUCCCAAUCUAUGCCACAGCGCUGGCAGCAACUGCGUCGGCCCUUGUCAUCGGCGAGCGAGCCUCGUCCGAGGAUCGGUACAUCCUCGAGUUGGCCCCCGGCGUCACCAAGGUGGUCACGGAGGCCGAAAAAUGGUCCCUCAAGGCUGAAGGCAAGCGGUUCUUUGACAUUACCGACGAAGUGAGCACCAUCAAGACCGCCAAUGUCGAAGACUCGCAGCAGCAGCUGGCCGUCACCUAUCCUAGCAAGGUGCAGUAUAAGGAUACGGUGGAGAAGCUGAUCCCCCAGUUGAGCAAGGCCAACUUCCAGACGGUGCUCAAGCCUUUCUCCGGGUUCCACAACCGCUACUACAAGAGUAACUACGGCAAACAGUCCUCGGAAUGGCUGCAGGCCCAGAUCCAGUCGGUUGUGGAUGCUAGCGGAGCUAAGGGUAUCACCGUCAAGCCCUUCAGCCACUCUUGGACACAGUCAAGCAUUAUUGCCACGAUUCCCGGCAAAAGUAACAAGAUCGUUGUCCUCGGCGCCCAUCAGGACUCGAUCAACCAGGCGUCGCCUUCCACCGGUCGGGCUCCCGGUGCGGACGACGAUGGCUCCGGAGUGGUGACAAUCCUCGAGACGCUUCGGGUCCUUCUGAAGGAUCCGAAGGUGGCGGCGGGCGAAGCGACUAACACCAUCGAAUUCCACUUCUACUCGGCCGAGGAGGGGGGACUGCUGGGCAGCCAGGCCAUCUUCCGACAGUAUUCGUCGCAGAGCAAGCAGGUGGUGGCGAUGCUGCAGCAGGACAUGACGGGCUACACGGAGGGCACCAAGAAGGCCGGCAAGCCCGAAGCCAUCGGCGUUCUCACCGACUACGUCGACGCCGGACUGACCAAGUUCCUGAAGACUAUUAUUGACACGUACACAACCAUCUCCUGGGUGGAGUCUCAGUGCGGAUACGCCUGCUCCGACCACGCAUCAGCCAACCGAUAUGGAUACCCCAGCUCCUUUGCCUUUGAGUCGGAGUUUGGAGACGACAGUCCCUACAUCCACACUGCGCAGGAUACAAUCAGCACGGUCGACUUCGAUCACGUGUUGCAGCAUGCGCGCCUGUCUCUGGGCUUUGCCUACGAACUUGGCUUUGCCUCGCUGUGA